UUCGUCAUUCACGCACCUUUUUCUUGCCUCACCCGACAUCAACCAACAAGUCGUACGAACCAGAUCUCCUAUUCUACAUCUUCUUUCCUCGACUUUCGAGUCCUCCCUCUGUUUCACAUAAUCAACCCACCUGCAAACAAGAACACACAGCACAGUCCGUUCGAUGGCCGACUUCGUUGCUCCUCCUCCCGGUCCUCCCCCGCCCAAGGUUCCCGAGGGCUGGGUGGCACGAUGGAAUGAACAGUACAAAGAAUGGUUCUACGUCAAUACCUACACCAAAAAGUCCCAAUGGGAGAAACCCACCGAGCCCGCCGUGCCUCCCCGCGAUGAAUCCGCCCCUGCCGGCCCCCCUCCCUCCUACUCCGCAGGCGACAGCAAACCCGUUGUAAGCGACACCAAGUCCAACAACCCCUACGACAACCCCGCCAACCGCGCCGGCGGUAACGGCGGCGGUCCUUCCUCAUACGAAGACGAAGACGCACGUCUAGCUCGCCAGCUCCAAGCCGAAGAGGACGCUCGCGCCGCCGCCGCCGCUAACCAGCGCGCUCACACCCCUUCCGGUCAACAGUCGCCAUUCCCCUCGCAACUACCGCCUCGUCCUGAGACCAACGAUCGUGGCGGAUCUAAGGGGUCCUUCCUCGGCAAGAUUUUUGGUGCUGCGGGUAAGGGCAAACACUCCGGGUCUUCGUCCCACGGUUACGGCGGUGGGGGUGGUUACCCAGCCCAGGGUUAUUCGCCCGCUCCGUAUGGAGGAUCACCGGCGCCUUAUGGACAGCCUCAGCAACCGAUGUACGGCCAGCAGCCACCCGUUGGCUACGGAGGAUACCCUCAACAAGGUGGUUAUGGAGGAUACGCUCCUCCGCAAGGAUAUUAUGGUGGAGGCGGUUAUCCCCAGCAGCAACAGGCUUACGGCGCUCCCGGGAGGAGCGGUGGCGGCGGUGGCAUGGGCAUGAUGGGCGGUGCGGCGCUGGGGUUGGGCGCGGGUGUCCUUGGUGGUGCGUUGAUUGCUGAUGCGGUCAAUGACCAUGAUCAGGAGAUUUACCAGGAAGGAUAUAAUGAUGGCCAGGAUGGUGAUAUGGACUUUGGUGGUGGUGAUGAUUUCUAAACUCGCUUGCUCGCCUGCUCGAGUAUCAAAGUCGAGUACAAGAGCUUUGAGCAGUACGGCUUUAGGCGGUCAUGGGCUGCCUUAGGAGACACUGCAUUCUCUUCAUACUUUGCAGGGGCUUAUUUUCCUUUCUUGAUGACGUCUUGAUGAAUAGGAUUUGGUUUG